CCCGCGCCUCGUGAGCCCCGCGCGUGCCCGCACCCGAGGCGGUUGGUCUGCAGGGCCGGCAACGCGCGACUGGAGGUGAUUCUUUCCAGUGAGAGGAGGAAACCCGUGCCUGGCCGCUCACCAGCUUUCUCUUUGCCAUGAUCAAGUGCCUGUCAGCCGAAGUCCAAGCUAAGUUGCGCUCCGGUGUGGCUCUCUGCUCCCUGGGCCAAUGUGUGGAGGAGCUUGUCCUCAACAGUGUUGACGCUGAAGCAACAUGUGUGGCCGUCAGGGUGAAUCUGGAAAUCUUCCAAGUUCAAGUGAUAGACAAUGGUGUGGGCAUGGCGAGUGAUGAUGUCGACAAGGCGGGAAAUCGGUAUUUCACCAGCAAAUGCAACUCCAUCCAGGACUUGGAGAAUCCAAGGUUCUUCGGUUUCAGAGGAGAGGCCUUGGCAAGUAUAGCUGACAUGGCCAGCGCUGUGGAAAUCUCUUCCAGGACAAACAGAACAAUGAAAACUUUUGUCAAACUGUUUCAGAAUGGAAAGGCCCUGAAAGUUAGCGAAGCUGACUUGACUCGACCAAGUGCUGGAACCACAGUUACCGUACAUAAUCUGUUUUAUCAGCUACCUGUGAGGAGGAAAUGCAUGGAUGCCAGACUGGAGUUCGAGAAGGUCAGACAAAGAAUAGAGGCGCUCUCACUUAUGCAUCCCUCCAUUUCUUUCUCUUUGAGAAAUGAUGUUUCUGGGUCCAUGGUCCUUCAGCUCCCUAAAGCCAAAGACAUAUGUUCCCGAUUUUGUCAAAUCUACGGACUGGGUAAGUCCCAGAAGUUAAGAGAAAUAAAUUUUAAAUAUAAGGAGUUUGAGCUCAGUGGCUACAUUAGCUCCGAAGCACAUUACAAUAAGAAUAUGCAGUUUUUGUUCGUGAACAAAAGGCUAGUUUUAAGGACAAAGUUGCACAAACUCAUUGACUUUUUACUCAGGAAAGAAAGUAUUAUAUGCAAGCCAAAGAUUGGCUCUGCCAGUAGGCAAGUGAAUUCAAGCCCUCGGCAGCGGUCUCACCCCGAGCUCCAUGGGAUAUAUGUCAUCAAUCUGCUGUGCCAACUCUGUGAGUAUGAUGUGUGCUUGGAGCCAGCGAAAACUCUGAUUGAGUUUCAGAACUGGGACAAUCUUUUGAUUUGCAUCCAGGAAGGAGUGAAAAGGUUUUUAAAGACAGAAAAGCUGUUUGUGGAAUUGUCGGGUGAGGACAUCAAGGAGUUGAGUGAAGAUAAUGAUUUUAGCUUAUUUAGUGCUACGUUUCAGAGGCAUGUGCCCUCUGAUGAAAAGUGUGACCAGUUCCGUUUCCAAGAAGCAUGUAGUAAUAUAUUGGAUUCCUAUGAAAUGUUUAAUCUGCAGUCCAAAGCUGUGAAAAGAAAAGCUCCUAUAGAAGGCACAGAGGCACUGGAUUUUAGGGAUUCGGAAACUCUCGGGAAAAAGACAGCUGAUUCAUUUUUGCAUACUUGUGAAUCAGAGGGCUCCAGCCAUAGUCAGAUGACAGAGCCCUCUUCACCAAACGAAGAUAGAACUUGCUCAGAAGCAAGGAUCUUAGAACAAGUGGCAGCUGAAGCAUUGGAAGCAGGAGAAAAUGAGAAAAAUAAGAAUUCUCACUUUGAACCUAACUCUUCAGAAGAUCUAUGUAGGGUCAGCUCAGAAACGUUUGCAAGACCUUUGCAGAGAACAUAUCAUUUUGAGGACCGUGGAGAAGAUCUAGAAAUACAAAAAGUCAGCGCUACUGUUCAUGGCCUAGCUGCCAACAUCCUGAGAAACAACAGAAUUCAGAAUCAACUAGAGAGACAUAAAAAAGCUACUGAUUUGGCAUGCCAGCCUCUGCCUUUUAAGACGUCACUGCGGGAACAUGGUGCUCAGAGAGAGAAAGAGGAAAGUAAGAAAGAACUUGGUGAUUGGGGAAGAAUGAAUGUUUUUAGUUGUGGACAAGUUAAAUUAUCUUCCACUGGCUUCAUAACUCAUGUGGUGCAAAAUGAACAAGCUAGCCCAAGGGAAGCACAACUUUUGUUUAAAAAUUGUGUUCCAUUUGGACCGAGGAGGGAGAGAUUUGGAAGUUGCCAUUCAGUGGAGACUUCAGACGUCCAAGAUUUAACCAGCACUUUUAGUGAAGGAUGUGCUCCAGCGCCCAAUAAAAAGUUUUGCAGAGCAAGUACAAGUUUGGGGCAGGAGGAAAAACUUAUAUCAACCUAUGAAGAUCUUGCUGCUUCUCAAAAAGAAAGUGAAAAAACAAGCACAGAUUGCUUAUUUCAUGACUCAUCCUCUUUUCCUUGGUGUAGAAACGUUUCAGUUGGUAGUAAGAAAACAGAUAAGUCAGUGGGUCCCUUCAAAAUCAUAACCUGUAAAAAGCUGAGCUUAAAUGCACAACUAGGAUCCUUAGAGAAGUUUAAAAGGCAGUAUGGGAAGGUUAAAAGUCAUCUGAAUACCGAAGAGGAGGAAAAUAAUUUCAAAAUCCCUACCAAUCUCAGUCUCCACGUUGACUCUGAUGCCUCCCAGAAAGACAAAAACCACUUAGAUAAUUCUGACAUUCAGAAACUCACUACUGUGAAACAGAGUGAUUCAACUAGUUGUCAACAAGUAAGUAAUAUCCUUGAUUCAGAGGAGUUUCCAUUCUCCAAGGAAAAAGACUAUUUGGAACAACAAAUGCCUUGCUUGAAAGAAAGUCCUAUAACUCUGCAGGAAUUAGCUCAUCUUAACAGAAAAACUGUGGAUGUUGAAAAAUCACCUGAAUCACUAGCCUCUAAAUUAGCCAAGAUGAAAAGUUCUGAAAGAGAGAACCCCACAAUGGAAAUGAUGAGUCAUUUUGGUGAGUUUUCACAAUUGGAUAGGAAUAACAGUGAUUCGUGCAGUGGGCUAACCCUGGAUUCGCAGUCGCUUACCAAUGAACACGAAAGAAACGAGAGUCGCAUCCUCCAGAUGCCAGACUCUGUCACACAGACUAAUUCCUUCAGUAAGGUUAGUGAAACACAUUCUAACAACAGUCUCCCAGAGGGCUCUGUGAUACCUCCCUCGCUAUUCCCUUGUAAUAAUGGUGCACUUAAUAGUGAAGCUUCGGUAGCUUCACAGCAGAUCAGAAGUCCUGCUUCUUCCAAAAGCCUGUUUGUGAGUCAAGUGGAAGACCUCCCAGCUGACCAAGCUGAAACAUGCUUUCAGGCUGAGGAGUCCCUUACAGCAAGGACUUGUUCAGAAAUUGAAACAUCCAACACAUGUUCUUUGGAUUGGCAGCAGCAUUUUGAUACAGUCUUGGGAAGAAUGGUUUACAUCAACAAAAUGACCGGACUGAGCACAUUUGUCACACCUACCGAGGAUGUGCAGGCUGCUUGCACGAAAGACUUGACCACCAUGGCUGUGGAUGUCAGGCUUGAGAAUGGGUCUCAGUACAGGUGUCAUCCUUUUCGAAGUGACCUUGUUCUUCCUUUCCUCCCAAGAGCUCGGAAAGAGAGGGCUGUGAUGGGCCCGACUAACAGAGAUGCUGCAGGCGAGGCUGCUGGUCCAGACUCACUUCAGUGUCUGUUCUCAGAAUGGGACAAUCCCGUAUUUGCCCGUUACCCGGAGGUUGCUGUUGAUGUGAGCAGUGGCCAGGCAGAGAGCUUGGCUGUGAAAAUCCACAAUGUCCUGUACCCCUACCGCUUCACCAAAGACAUGAUCCAUUCAAUGCAGGUUCUCCAGCAAGUGGAUAACAAGUUUAUUGCCUGUUUAAUGAGCACUAGGACAGAAGAGAAUGCCGGGGCAGGUGGGAACCUGCUGGUGCUGGUGGACCAGCACGCGGCGCAUGAGCGUGUCCGUCUGGAGCAGCUCAUCCUCGAUUCUUACGAGAAGCAACCCCCCCAAGACUCUAAGCGGAAAAAAUUACUGUCUUCCACCAUAAGUCCUCCCCUGGAGGUAACAGUGACGGAGGAACAAAGGAGACUCUUACGGUGCUACCACAAAAAUCUGGAAGAUCUGGGCCUUGAAAUUCUUUUUCCGGACACUAGUGAUUCUCUGGUCCUUAUAGGAAAAGUACCUCUCUGUUUCGUCGAGAGAGAGGCCAGUGAGCUCCGAAGAGGAAGAUCCACUGUGACCAAGAGUAUUGUGGAGGAGUUGCUUCGAGAGCAAGUAGAGCUGCUGCAGACCACAGGCGGCAUACAGGGGACGUUGCCACUGACCGUCCAGAAGGUGCUGGCGUCUCAAGCCUGCCACGGGGCCAUUAAGUUCAACGACGGCCUGAGCCUCGAGGAGAGCUGCCGCCUGAUUGAAGCGCUGUCCUGGUGCCGGCUGCCGUUCCAGUGCGCCCAUGGCAGGCCCUCGAUGCUGCCGUUAGCCGACAUCGACCACUUGGAACAGGAGAUGCAGACGAAACCCAAUCUCGCGAAGCUUCGUAAAAUGGCUCAAGCCUGGCGUCUGUUUGGGGAAGCAGAGAGAUGUGAUCCAAGCCUUACGCCCACUCUGCUGGCGUGCAAGCCGCCCUGAGGACACAGUCAUCAGUCUGGCCGAUGGGGCACUUACCUUGACCUGGGAUCGAGCCCCAGCACCGCAUGCGGGCUUCUGAGCCCCACCAGGAAUGAUCGCUGAGCUCAGAGGCUGGAGUCAGCCAGGUGUGGCCCAUGAAACAGAAACCCAAAUCCUCGGUCUUUAAGGAGCCCCGAGAAUACUCACCGACGCCUCUGACACGCGCAGCCACUCUGGGCCUCGUCCGGGCACUGCACCAGCCGGUCCCUCGGAGCCAGGGCCAGUUUAUUCCUUGGCUCCCCUGGUCACAGGAGGGUGCCCUGCACGAUCUCCUUCCUAUUUAGGGAAUCGUUUUCAUGAUUAAUUUUUUUAAUUUAUUUUUAUUUAUUUAUUUAUUUUGCUUUUUGGGUCACACCCAGCAAUGCACAGGGGUCACUCCUGGCUUUUCACUCAGGAAUCACCCCUGGUGGUGCUCAGGGGACCAUAUGGGGUGCUGGGAUUUGAACCCGGGUCGGCCGCGUGCAAGGCAAACGCCCUACCCGCUGUGCUAUCACUCCAGCCCCUCGUUUUCAUGAUUAAUUGUUCAAUGAUUGGGUUGGUUUGCUUAUUUUUUUUGUUUUGUUUUGUUUUUUGAGGAGUACUUUUGUUGCUCUGGUUUGACCUCCUGGAGGUCUGCAUUUAUGAAUUUGACCUAACACCGAACCCCAGGGGCCCUGCAUGUCCACAAUCUGUGACACCAGUGACCACCGGCAGCUGGCCAGUGCUGCACCGUCGGCCACCCAUUCCCUCCUGUCCUUUCCAUGUCCCCUGUUCCCACUCUGCCUUCGGUGUCUCAGACUUGAAGGCUUUCUCCAGCCCAAUAAAGCUUUCCCUUCAGUCUCUCAGGCCACUGGCUGCAUUAUUUAGGGACAAAAGCUAUCGAUAAAGAAAAGGAAGGACAAGGACUGAACAGGAAAGUGUGACAUCCCGUUCCUGAUGCAGUUCACUUCCUCCUUUCAGACGGAAGAGGAGUGAGUUAGUGCAGGGUUUGGUACACAUGCCUCGCACAUGUGAAGGCCAGAGUUUGAUCCCCACCACAGCAUGGCACCACCCACAAGUGCUGCUGAGAUGAAGAUGACCCUGGUAACCCCUUCCUCUCCAGCACUACUUGACCCAGGCUUUGAAACAUCUAGCCCCAAAGCCCUGAGACUGAUGUUCCGAUCCCAAAUCUGUAAAUUGGUGAAAGUACUACAAGCUCACUUUGUAAAAAUAUUUUUUGUACUUUACAAGUGCUCCCUAAAGCAUAAAAAACAGUUUUUACAUAAAAAUGCAGCUGCUUUCUUUCAGGCUAGCAAGAAACAUUCUUUACAUUUUUCCCCUGGACAUGAGGAUACUUUUAGUCCCAUUGAAGUCAUGUCUUGGUUUUGGAGCCAGAGAGAUCAUAGAAUAAGUAAGGUGCUUCCACAUUUGAUGGAGUUAAAAGUAAGAGGCAACCAAUCUUAGAGUGAAUUUUUUUUUACAUAUACAUAUACAUAUAUAUUUACAUAUAUAUGUAUAUAUAUAUAUAAAAGCACACAAGGCUCCACCUCUAACAGCAUGUUAGUAAUCUCAAUGGCCCCGUGUGAAAUACAACAAGCUUUACCCUCUUUUCUGUAAGGAUACUUUUUUGUAGCAUUUUCAACGGUUUUUCAUAACAAGCAAUACAAAAUAAAUUAGGGGCUGGAGUGAUAGUACAGCAGGGAAGGUGUUUGCCUUGCAUGCAACCGACCCGGCUUUGAUCCCCAGCGUCCCAUACGGUCCCCCAUGCACUACCAGCAAUAAUUCCUGGGAGCAGAGCCAGGAGUAACCCCUGAGCAUCACCGGGUGUGACACAAAAACCAAAAAAAUCUCACAAAACAAAAUAAAUUAUUUAGGUCCUGCCUUGAGGGCAUGCUUUGGGAGUCGGGAUGGGAACAUUCAAAAUAUGAUGGUGGGAUUGGUGUUUGAAUAUUAAAUUUAAUGAAAUAUUGUGAGCUACUUUAUAAAAUAAAUUAUUUUUAAAAAUAAUAAGUAAGGUGCUUGCCUUGUACGCGGC